GCGAAACCACGAAGGAUUACAAUUUCCAGAAUGUCGGGUUUGCUCAAACCCCCCCUUUGCCAUGCGCCGGCGCUGGGGACACAGCGCAUAUAUGCGCUCCCACAGCCCGGACGCGCUGGUCGUCUCUGUUGUGUUUGAAACUUCGCGCAAUCUCUCGGAGCAAACAUACCAACUUCCUCGAACCUCCCUCUAUGUAUUGAGAACUAUUUUCGCAGUGGGAUCUCUAUUUGCGGCGAGACCUAUUCUGCCUUGGGUGUUAUUCUUGCCGUGAUCCUUAUAAUUGCCGUGGGUCCUAUAUUCGCGGGGAAACAUACCUAUUCUUAGGGCUUUAAGGGUUGUGUGACCUUGGAAGAUCAAAAGUCAUAAAACCAUCCAACCAAAGCCGUCGCUUUGCCAGAGAAAAGAAAUUCUGAGGCCGGAUGGGCAAAGUGUCAAUGACUUCUAAUCCCUUCAAGUCUGUUUCGGGAUGGCUGCUGUUCCUCCAUGGCUUCCUGGGUCCCAUCACAGCCCGAGCCGACCCCGUGCCCACCUCAGUACAAUAUGAUCCCCAUUUCAUAGGGUGGUUCAUUGGGCCCACAACGACCCAGGCACUGACGGACCCGGACUUCUGGAGCACGACGGGGCCCUAUGCACGCGGGUGCUCCACAAACCCAUGCUCCGUUGCGACAGACUGUCAGAGUAACUCCAUCACCUAUGACAAUGGCAAGACCAGCACUUGCAACGUAUGUCGCACGAUGACAAUCUAUCAAUCAGCGCCGUUCAAAGGCCCAACGGCCAGUAAUAUCUUCUGCGCAGAGCAUUGGAGCGCGUUUCAAGUUUAUCGCAGGUUACCAGAACCGACCACCACGCCAGAAGCAGAAGAGUCGUCCACAAAAUCAAAGCCCCAGCCGGCAUCACCUGCCUCCACAACGUCGACCACCAAGGAAACCGCAAAGCCCACCGAGGAUAAGCCAACCGAAGACAAGCCCACCAAAGCCAAGUCCACAGAAGCCUCCCCCUCAGAAGCCUCUCCCACAGCAGCCAAGCCCACAUCCACAGAAGAUAAGCCCACCGACGACCCACCCAAUUCAAAACCAGACCCCUCUCCACCCAGCCAAGCAUGGAUCGCAGGCGCCGUCGCAGGGCCAAUCGCAGGGAUCGCCUUCUUCGCCGGCAUCGUCGUCUGGGUCAUCUACCGACGAAAACACCGACGAGACCGUGUCGCAUGGCCGCACGAUCACCCGUACAUGGGCCCGCCGGUCAUGAAACAACCGCAGCACUUUCCGUACGAGAUGAGCGCGCCGGGCUUGAAGCAGCCGCAACAAUUUCCUUACGAGAUGGACCCGACUGGUCGUCGUCCGUCUAUUUAUGAAUUAAGUUCUGGUCAUCAGCACUAGCUGGGUUGGCAUGGGGUACAAUUAUGUGAAGCAGGAAUGGGACGGUGUGUGUAGAUGGUUUUAUGUAUAUAAUUAAUUUUUUGCAUCGGUUUGCAAAUCUAUUGCAUAGCUU